AUGCGCCCCACCCUGGGGACGCCGGUCCGCAUCCUCUCGUCGCCCACGCGAGUGGUUGGCGUGUCGGCCGGCCUCAACCCUGACGAACUCGUCGUGACGCAAGCGGCGCAGGGUGUCGCCGUCUACAACGUCGUCAGCCGCGCUCGCAUCACCGCCUGGUCGUUGCCCGCCGAGGCCCACGCCGCCAUCGCCCACGCCUCGUCGCGCUGCUACCUCGCAGUCCGCGACCGCUCGUCGCUCUUUGGUUGGGGCGAGGCCCAGGCUGAGGUGAGCGGCGGAGGUGGCCUGGCGUUCGAGGCACCCAUCCUCGUCAUCCUGCAGUCCCCUGCGCUACGUGACGCCGUCGCCGCGGUCGGCGUCGACGGGUCCGCCUCCAUCAUCCGCUGCUCUGCCACCAUGCCCGCCGCCCAAAAGCCGGCCGCCACUGGAGCAGUCAGCAGCGCGGCGGCGACGGCAAGCGACGACCAGCUGGCGAUGUGGGCGGCGCUGCUGCCGCUUCCCACCGGCCUCCCGCCGCACCACCCGCUCGCCCUCCUCGCCCUCCUUCGCAGCCGCGCCGGCGCCCUCUCGCUCUCGGUCCGCGCCCUCGCGCCUCAGCUGUCCGGCUCCGGCGGCGGCAAGGCGCCCCUCGCCUCCGUCGUCUUCUUCUCUCCGCUGACGGAGCUGCCGCGCGGCUCUCGCGCCUCGAUCUGCGGCGCCUCCCUCUCCGGCGGCGGCGGCCAUGUCGCCGUCGCCUUCGAGGACGCCGUGCUCGUGCAGACCGUGCCGCCCCACUCGGAGCAGUUCGGCCUGGCGCACGCUCUCAACGCGUCCGCCCGCACCGCCGAGGCGCUCGCGCCCAAGGAGGCGGCGCUGCUCAGCCGCGCGCCGCUCUGCCCCCCGCCGCACGUCUCGACACUCCUCUCCGACUGCUCCGGCGGCGCCAGCGACGCCCUGUGCGGCGGGCAGGCCCGGCGCGGACCUCAGCCCGUCGGCGAGGCGGAGCUGGCCGGCUGGUGCCGCAGCCUGGAGGCGGGCGAGACGCGCGAGCGGGAAGUGCUCGCGAAGCUGCUCGGCGCCGGCGCCGACGCCGACGCCUUCGAGGGCACCCUGGGCCGUUUCCUGGCCGCGCUUAUGGAGGAGGCGGCGGCGAGGGCCGCCGCCGAGGAGGGGGUCGCCAGCGGCAGCGCCAACGGCGUGCUCGCUGCGAGCGAGGCGCCGUCCGGCGAGGCGCCGCGCUCUCCGGGCAGUGGCCUCAAGGCUGGUGGCCGGCGCAAGCGGCGCGGCAAGCGCGCGACGCCCGAGGCGCGGGCCGAGCCCUCCGAGGGGCGAGCUGCGCCUAAGCAGCUCAAGUGCACCGCCGAGGCGCUGAGCAGGAGCGCCGCCGCCGCCGGUCCCGCCGCGGACCGCCACAACGCGGGGGCUCGUGCGGGCGCCUCGGUGGCGGCGGCGCUCGAUGGCGAGUCGCAGCUGUCCGCCUCGCGCGCGGGCAGUCACUCGCGAGGCGCGCUCGACGUCUCAGCCGGGUUCGUGGCGGCGGUUUGCAACCGGUGCGUUGAGGCGGGCUCUGCCCGCUGGCUGCGCUUGCUCCGGCCGCUGAUUGAGGCGGGCGCGCUCAGCGGCGGGGCGCACGAGUCGCAGCUGCUCGCCGCUCUGUGCGACGCCCGCGAGCUCGAGAUGCUCCUUCUGUACGUCCGCCAUUCGGCCGACCUCGACGCCGCCGGCUUGCUCGCGCUGCUACGCCUCGCGCUGCACGAGCGGAAGCGAGCGCUGCUCGACCUCCUCGUCUGUGCGCCGCGCAACGACGUCUUCCUGCUGCAAGCGCUCCGCUGGUUGUCCCUCGAGGACGCGCUGGUUCUGCUCAGUCGGCUGCUCGAGCUCUUCUCGAGCUACGCCGGCGCGUGGCGGCUCGCCGGAGCGUGUGCGUCGGGACCCCCUCUCGAUGACGACAGCAGCAGCGUGCGAGGUGGCGGCGGCGGCGGGUGCACGCCCAUGCUCGGCCAACUCGUCGGCUGGACGAACGUGCUGCUGGACGCGCACGCCUCUCAGCUGCUGAUGCACGCGCCGGCGCACGACGCGCUGCAACAGCUCGGCAAGCUUGCUCGGAGGCACGUGCAGCUCUGCUCGGCGAUGAAAGGCCUGAAGGGCUACGUGGGCCAGGCGACGCUCAAGCAGUCCCGCCCGAUCCGGCCAAUCCCGGACUACUCGCUCGAGCUGCUGGAGAUGUAG